CGCGAUCACUUCAUAAGCAUAUGAAUGUGGCAAAGUCAAGUAAUUUUCUUAGAAGGCUGUUGGUGCGAGUGAUACUUCCUGCGUAAGCAUAAGCCUCCGUUUGCCCUCUUUGACACUAGAAGACCCUGCAAAACCUAAUUUACAGCCAGCGCUAUAUUCACACCCUAGUCACUUGUUAUAUUGGCAUCGUUUUCGGCAUACCAGCAUGGCGGUCGGCGCAGCAUGUUCAGGCACACACAGAUGGCGCGCUUUGGGGCGCGCUGCGAAUUACCUAUGUCCGCUGCAUCAGAAGGGGCUGCAAUCCCCUUUGGCACUGCGUUGCCCUCUUCGCCGCGACAUUCUGGCUAUCAGCCGUCCAGUACCGUUCCCUACUGUCAAUGAAGCCCCCAGCGCCCAAGCAAACGCGGCAUCCACGAUUGUGACGUCCAAUACCCAAGCCAAUCCGCAGACCCCUUCGUUCACGAUCCCCUUCCCACCGUCAUCAGCGUCCCCCAAACCUCCACGGCGCUCCUUGAUACCGAUUGCAGCUUUCGCCGCACUAGGCGCCGCUGGAGUAAUCAUCGCAGCUAUCAGCCUCUUCUCUCUAGGCAUUUCCUCCGCUGUCACUGCCACUGCUGCAACCUCAGGCCAUACGGCCUCAGCAUUAUCAGCCCUUCCCCUCCUCGCCUCCGUCACCGCCUCCCUGCUCUCCUCCCUGUUCAAAGUUCCUACCUUGUCCAUGGCCGCUGCGCCACUGGCCUCGACCACCGCAACCGCUGCAAGUAACACUGCAGCCGCGAACCACCAUACAACCGCCAACCUCCUCAUUACCCUGGCCAGUGCCCUCCCACAUUUGGGUCUCUUCCUGCUGUGCCUCUCCGCGUCGGCAUUCCUGCUUGCGUGUCUACCGGGCCUUGCGGCGCUCGCUCGUACCGCUGUACGAGCCGAGCGGUUGUUGGCGGCGGUUGAGGCGGAGCUACCGGAUACGGUUGCAGCGCUGCGGAUCACCGGUCUGGAAGUCACGGACUGCAUUCAGGAGUUGGGCGCCCUAGGCGGCGAGUUGACGCGUGGGGUGCGGUCGACGGCAGCGCUUGCGGUGGCGGCGGAGGCGGGUGUACGACAAGGCGUGGCGGUGGCGGAGGCGGGUGUACGGCAGGGGGUGGCGACUGCGGCGAAGGUGGAGAAGGAGGCGAGGGGCGCCGUGGAGGGCCACCUGGCGUCCACCGCCCAGCUGUCGUACAGCGCUCCCCUGGUGGCCCAGGCGGCCGCCGCCACCCGCACCGCCGCCAGGAAGCUGCGCACGGGGCUGGCGGUGGGGCAGCUGGCGGGGGCGGUGGUGCAGGCGGGUCGGUCGGCUAGGGACGCGCUUGUACGGCAGCAACAGUUGGACGAGCAACAAAGGCUGCUUGCUGUACGGCAGGAACAAUUGCCGGGACACCAGCAACAGCAGCAACAGGAGGCAGCACUGUUGCAACGGCAAUUAGAGGCUCUGCAAGAGAAGCAACGCAGGCAACAGCAACAGCUGUUGGCUACACAAAAACAGCAGCAGCAGCGGAAUAAGUAAUGUGAGAGAGGAGGAGCGCGCCAGGGCAGCAUGUUAACGGCGGGAGAUGUUAUGCCUUAUGAGCGGCACGUUUUUUGUGGUAUCUAGUGUUGGCUGGUUAACUAGCUAGCUAGGAUGGCAGGCGACGUGAACUUGAACUACAUUCGCUGCACAGACAAUGCAACCUUGCUGGUACUUAACGCGGUAGGGUCCUUCAACGUGGGAUACGUGUACGACAUGUGAGGUGUUGUACGACAUGUAGGAUGUGUGGGGAUCUGUUUUACCUGCGCAUAUCGGUAUAUCGACCGACGAACGACAGCCCUGUGGGUUGUGCUGCAUUAACUGUGGGAUGGAGCCAGAUGGAGCUGGAUGUGUUAUUGUAUGCUUGGAUGGGAGGGACUAUACCGCGCUGUGUGCUCGAGAUGAGACUAAAGUGAUCCCUAAUGCUCAUCCCUGUCAGUUCAUGAUACUUUACAGCAGGAGAGCCGAACUAUGGCCAGUCCCCACAUCCCAACAGCGCAUACUGUUCGGAAGGUCGGUUGAAUCCCCCACAGCGAAACGUGCACCCUGAGAACACCCCGGUAUUGAAAGUGCACUAGUGGCCAGAAGGGCAGACAGUUGUACGCGUUGCAUGUACGGCAGAGGGUAGCAGCGUACAUCUAGUUGAGGCGGACACGCAAGUGCACUUGCUUGGCGCGUGCAGAUUGUGGAGAUACGGUACAUAACUGUGUGUAAAGAUCCUAGCAGCGGG